ACCGCAUUAGCCAGCGCGAUGAUAUUAAACGAAUACACUCCCAUGGUCCUAUAGAUCAGAGCGUCGUCAGUACGAGUUUGUUGUUCAGGUUUAGCAGUCAACCCACUGUUCUCUGCAAAUGAAUCCAACUUCCAUUAACUUCUCCUUCUCUCUCUAACCUGACGCUCUUGUUUCCUGCUUCCUCUACUGUAACCUCCAAUUAACAAGACCAGUAAUAAUAAGCCAUCUUCUUUCGCUCCUGAAUCUGCUCCAUCUUACUAUAAUCUCUCUGAAACAAGGGCUAUGGCUGCUAUGAAUAUAAACUCCUCUUUCUGUAGAUUCUGGAUUCUUCUGGCGUUGUUUGCUUUUGGGGAUUCUUCCUGCAACAUCACUGACCAUGAUUUGGUCUUAAAGGCCUUUCAAUCCGUCUCUGGAUUCAAUGUUUCCUGGUUCCAUAGGCGAGGUUCCAACUGUUCAAAGGCUUCUCGGAUUACCACAAUACAGCUUUCUUCCAAGAAUCUGAGUGGGUCUAUCUCAUGGGCUUUUAUCAGGAACAUGUCCAACUUGCAGGUUCUCGAUCUUUCUGGGAAUUUUCUCCAAGGUCAUAUCCCUCGGUGGUUUUGGGCAUUUCCCAGCUUAUCAAAAGUUGAUCUUUCGAAUAACAAGUUUGGAGGGAGCAUUGACCUCCAAUCCCGCGCAGGAAACGUUUCGUUUUCAUCGGUUCAAAGUCUCAAUCUCUCUCACAACAGGUUCACUAAUCAGCCUCAGCUCUCUGGGUUUAGAAACCUCCGAAUUCUCGACCUCUCGCAUAACAAUCUGAGGGCUCUCCCCUCUGGGUUUCAAAACCUCACCGCGCUACACCAACUCGACCUCUCAGGCUGCAAUGUCAAAGCAAAUGUGAAACCCAUUGCUGUUCUGCGCUCACUGAAUUACUUGGACUUGUCGAACAAUUCUUUCAAUGGUAGUUUCCCUUCCGAUUUCCCUCCUCUGGAAAGGCUCAAGUUUUUCAACAUUUCUCACAACAACUUCACGGCACUGGUUGACUUAAAGGAGUACAAGAAAUUUGGGAAGUCAGCUUUUAUUGACGCCGGGAACGGCUUCACCUACAAUACAUCCGAAUCCGAUACGCCCAGACUUGAUCCACCUCCUCCACAUGCUUUACAAGCCCCGACAUCCCGCCACAAACACAAAACACUGGUUGUGGCAGUGUCCUCUGCUUCGGCAUUUGUGCUGCUUCUGGUGAGUAUAUGGGUGUGUUGCAUUUACAGAAAGAAGAGGCGACUGGCGAAGAAAAAGAGAUGGGCAAUCUCGAAGCCGGUGCCGUUGGGAAUAAAGCUGGACAUAUUGGGUCCAUUCGCAUUCGAAACCGAAUCAGGGAGCUCGUGGGUGGCGGACUUGAAAGAGCCGUCGUCGGCACCGGUGGUGAUGUUCGAGAAGCCGUUGAUGAACUUGAGCUUCAAGGACCUGAUCGCGGCCACGUCACACUUCGGCAAAGAGUCGCUGCUGGCGGAGGGAAGGUGUGGGCCCGUGUACAGCGCCGUCGUCAUCCCCGGUGACAUCCACGUGGCAAUCAAGGUCCUGGAAAAUGCGAGAGACGUCGAUAACGAUGACGCCAUCGCGCUGUUCCUUGACCUGUCCAAGCUCAAACACCCCAAUUUAUUGCCACCCUCCGGUUACUGCAUUGCAGGCAGGGAGAAGCUGAUUCUGUACGAGUUUAUGUCAAAUGGGGAUUUGGGGAGAUGGCUGCACGAGCUGCCAACUGGGCAGACUAACGUGGAGGACUGGACCGGUGACACGUGGGAGAUUCAAAACGGCUCCGGAUUGCAAGUCUCAUCCCCGCCGGAGAAGAUGAGUUGGCUGACACGACACCGUAUUUCAGUCGGGAUCGCGCGGGGGCUAGCAUAUCUUCACCACGCAGGGUCAAAGCCCGUCGUCCACGGCCACCUAGUGACAUCGAAUAUCUUACUCGCCGACGACUUGGAGCCCCGAAUCGCCGAUUUCGGGAUCGGGAACAUCGGGAAGGAACCGCAGGGCCCGACUUGCACCACGGAGACGGACGUUUACUGCUUCGGGGUGGUGCUGAUGGAGCUGUUGACUGGGAAGGCCGGCACGGCGGAGACGGUGGUUCGAGUGAGAAAGGCGGUAAGGGAGGGGCAAGGGGAGCGCGCGUUGGACGAGAGGCUGAGAGUGAGUUGCGACUGGGAAAGCGAGAUGCUGGAGAGCCUCCGAGUGGCGUACUUGUGUACGGCCGAGUCUCCCGGGAAAAGGCCUACCAUGCAGCAGGUCUUGGGUCUUCUCAAAGACAUCCACCCACACGACCCGAUUUGACUCGCUCCCCAACUCGUUUCCCUUUCUCAAGUUCCAACACAGUAAUGAUCAAGAACCACGCUCCUCGGAAGCGUUUGUCGCCCCGUCUCGUUAAUGUCAUUGUUUCCUCCUUGCGCGGGACUUGUUUGCACGGGCGGUGACUAUGAGCUCGCGUGGUGUUCUGGAUCAUACUGGUAACUGGUUUGUCCCCUAUGCAUGUAGAGUACUUUGUAAUUGUAUUAUACUUUAUUUAAAAAAGAAAAGGAGAAAAAAGAGUAAAAAGAUGGACAAAAAGAAGUGGGGCAGGAGAAGAUGAUUAUAAUUCUCAAAAAAAAAACAAAACAAAACAAAACAAAAACGGAGAAAAGGAGAAUAAUGGAGCAUUAUUUUUUCCCCCCCUCCUUGGAGGAGCUUAAGACAGAAGAGGUUGCUUCAUUGUUUAAUAUUGCGUUUCUCUUUGACUUUGUUUCUUUCUGCUUUUUUUGUUUUGGUUUUUUUAUUUUUCAUGGGGCAAGGGAAUAUCCUACCUUUGCCUUUCGUCUCAAAAAGAAACGAAGAUGAGGUAGAGAGGAUAGAUACAACUAAGACUGGCCAUAUUGGCAGGUUUGUGUUUGUUUUAUAUAUAUAUAUAUAUAUAUUGACCCAAAGGGACCA